AUGUCGACAGUUCAAAAAAGAAAAAAAGCUACAAAUAAUUCCAACGAAAUAGUCAGCGAUGAUGAUAAAAACCGGAAAAAUAUAUUAAAAAAAGAAAGUUCCCAACCAAAUGAUUCGAUAGGUUUAAUUAUAUUAAAAGGAAUUUUAACUUUAAUUAUUAUAAAUUUUGCUGCUUCAUACUUUUUAACUGAAACUUGGAUUUGGGGAUAUGAAGGAAAAUAUACUAACUGGAGAAAUUGGAUUCCGAGAAAAGAAAUUAUCUUUACUGAAGAGGAAUUGGCUAAAUAUGAUGGAUCAGAUCCCAACUUACCUAUAUAUAUUGCUAUGAAUGGUGAAGUGUUUGAUGUCACCGGCGGCGAAAUGUAUUAUGGCAAGGGAGGUGGCUAUAAUUUUUUUGCAGGUAAAGAUGCAUCUCGAGCAUAUGUUACGGGAUGUUUCCAGACUCAUCUAACUCAUGAUUUACGUGGACUAACUCCCCAACAAAUUGAGGAUCUUAAUAAUUGGGCAUCAUUUUAUCGUGAUCACCACACAUAUUAUAAAGUAGGACGGGUGGUUCAUCCACCUAUAGAUCCAAAUUCACCAAUUCCUCCUCCUUGUAAGGAUGCUUCUUCUCAAAAAUCAUAA